AUGAUACUAUUGCUGAGACUUCACAAUAGUCACCAUAAACUUACUCUCGAUGUUUUUCUUUGUAAAACUCUUUGGGGAAGCUCUCCUCACGGGUUCUCUUAUCGCCCGUCGAUUGGGGCGUCUGGAGGGCUUCUAACCUUGUGGGAUUCUGAUGAGGUGGAGGUUUGGUCAACUGAAAGUCGAGAACACGUUUUGUGGUGUCAUGGUCGGUUUUCUAGGACUGGGGAAGAGUUUCAUGUGGCGAAUGUCUAUGCGCCGUGUGAUGAUGGGGCUAAGCAAGGUUUGUGGGAUUAUUUCUCGAUGCGGCUCGCUUCGUUGGUAGGGCAGAAGGUGUGUGUGUGUGGGGAUUUUAACGCGGUCAAACACAUUGAUGAACGAAGGUCAGUUAGGGAUGGACAUCGAUCCUCGGAUCAUAUCCCUUUUAAUAGAUUUAUUGAAGAUAACUCUUUGAUUGAUCUUCCCUUAAUUGGACGUAAGUUUACUUGGUUCAAGGGGGACGGUGUUUCGAUGAGCCGUCUUGACAGGUUUCUUUUAUCUGAGGAGUGGUGCUUGUCUUGGCCUAACUGCAAACAAGUAGCCAAGUUGCGUGGGUUGUCUGACCAUUGCCCGCUGGUCUUGUCUGCGAACGAGGAAGAUUGGGGACCUCGACCGUCGAGGAUGCUAAAGUGUUGGAAGGAUAUACCUGGUUAUAGAGCGUUUGUCAGAGAAAAGUUGAAUUCGUUCGAAGUUGAAGGCUGGGGUGGUUACGUGCUUAAGGAAAAAUUCAAGUUGAUUAAGGUGGCUUUGAGAGAUUGGCACACGGCUCAUGCUCAAAAUCUUCCUAGCCGCAUUGAUACUUUGAAGGUUAGGCUGUCCACCCUCGAUGAGAAGGGGGAGGAAGAUGCUCUCUCUGAGGCGGAGUUAGCCGAGCUUCAUGGGAUUUCGUAUGAUAUUCAUUCGCUGUCCAAGCUGCAUGCCAGCAUUAGUUGGCAACAAUCUCGGUCGUUGUGGCUCAAGGAAGGGGACGCCAAUUCCAAGUUGGUGAUGUUACGUUGGAGGGGGUGA